AUGCCGCCGAAGAGGAAGUCCGGCGAGACAGACGGCACAGUGGGCGACGUGCAGCCUCGCCGGUCCACGCGUCAGCGCACGUCAACCACACAAGCUCGCGAGGCUGCUGCAGCCAGUGAGUCUGUGACGCCAAAGAAGGCCGGGAAGCCCGCCGCGGUGAAGAAGGCAGCGCCCAAGGCCAAGCAGAAGGGAAGGCAAGGGGACGAAAACGAGGAUGACGCCGACCGGCAGCCUGCACCACCAUCUGACGGCAAAACGAAGCAAACCAACGAUGUCAGGGCUGUUAAGACACAGUCAAAAUCAACAGCGGCGGGGGCGGAGUCCAAGGAAGUGAAGGAUCCGGGCAAGCAGUACUGGCUGAUGAAGGCUGAGCCCGAGUCGCGCAUCGAGAACGGCGUGGACGUAAGGUUCUCUAUCGACGACCUGGCGGCUAAGAGCGAGCCUGAGCCAUGGGACGGUAUCAGAAAUUUCGUUGCCCGGAACAACCUCCGCGCCAUGAAGAAGGGCGACCUCGCCUUCUUCUACCACUCCAACUGCAAGGAACCGGGCAUCGCAGGAACAAUGGAGAUUGUGCAGGAGCACUCGCCCGACCUCACUGCCCACGACCCGAAAUGCCCCUACUACGACCCCAAGUCCAAGCCGUCCGACCCCAAGUGGAGCGUCGUGCACGUCGAGUUCCGCUCCAAGUUCCCGGUGCCCAUCGGGCUGAAGGAGCUGCGCGCCAUGGGCGGGCCUGGUGGGCCGCUGGAGGACAUGCAGAUGCUGAAGCAGUCCCGGCUGAGCGUGAGCAGGGUGAGUGCGGAGGAGUGGAAGCACCUGGUCGGCGUGGCGGAGGAAAAGGCCCAGGCUGGGGCGUGA